CGUUAUCAUUAAGGAAUGACUAUCUGUGCUCUAUCUCCACACAAUAUCGAAGAAUACCCGCAAGAUGUCAGAAAACAGAGCUUCGGGGAGUAUGUUAAACAAAUGGAAAACCAAGAAACCUUCUCCCAUUCUUGAUGAUCGUCUUCAUUUUGCAAUAUUUUCCAAUGAAUCACUAGGCUGGUCAUUAUCUCAUUUCUUAUGAGUUUCUCUGAUCAUUGCUUCACUUUCCUUUGCACGUUUUAGCCUGCCGAGAUGGUGACAGAAGCUUCAGACAAACAAGUUGAAAUUCUGAUCAUUACAUUGCUGUUCUCUGGGAUUGCGUGUGUGGCGGUUGCUUUACGAUGCUAUGUUCGAACUAGAUUGUUGAAGGCAUUUGGUGCUGAUGAUGCCAUUGCAGUUUGCUCUUUGCUACUUUUGUUCGUUGGAGUUGUCUUUACCAUGUUAGGGAUUGAUUCGGGGUUUGGGAGACAUAUCGAUACCAUGACGAUGGAGCAUUACUUGCGUGGAUUGAAAUGGUGGUGUCUUUCGGAAAUCAUUUACCCUCCUACUAUAGCUGUUAUCAAGAUAUCCAUCGCUCUUUACCUCGUCCGCAUAGCCGUGAAGCCAAUUCAUAUAUACAUCAUUUAUGUCUCAAUGACAAUUUUUCUAUUGUACACCACAGCUUUUUUCGCCUUUUUGUUGCUUCACUGUAGACCGAUAUCAUUCUACUGGAGGCGAUUUGAAGGAGCAACCGAUGGGCAUUGUUUAGAUGCCUCUACGAUAGCCGGUAUGGCAUACGGCCAUGGAGCCGUGAAUGUCUUGACAGAUUUUACUCUGGGGAUAAUUCCGGCGUUUAUUGUGGCGGAUCUUCAAAUCACGACAAGAACAAAAGCAGCGGUCGCAAUGACUUUAGCAUUAGGUUCCAUUGCUAGCGUGUGCACCCUCACAAGAAUCGCAUACAUUAACGAUCUUUUGCAUACCAGCGAUUAUCUUUAUUCAAUAGCUGAUGUUAUUAUCCUCUCGAUUGUUGAAGCAGCUGUCGGACUUAUAGCCUCCUGCUUAGCGACACUCAAGCCUCUCGUCCGCUCAUUCCUUGACUGGUCUGAGAAAUCCAUCGGAUCAACUGGAGGCCUUCACACGCGCAUGAUGGAUGGAAUGAAUCGAAGACGAACAAAAAUGUACGACACUGAACUAAAUCUAAGGCCCGAUCUCGCCAUUGUCGGAUUCACGACGACAGUAAUAUCGAGUAACGGACGAGAAUCACCACCUCUACACCCGAGUAUAAGUCAAACUAUGGAUGUCAAGAGUGACGUGUGGCUUAGUCCGAGCUCUUAUGGAAGUCCCGAGUCAUAUAGGAGGUUGGAAAGUGGGAAUGGGGACCAAGCCGUGGUGCCGGCUUGUCAAAUAAAGUAGAUAUCAAUGGACGUGUAUGUACCACUUUUCCACACGAUGAAUUUCAUUUUAU